AUGGUCUCGUCUCCAGAAUCUCCAGACAACAGUUUGUCUAAGAAUAAACGCAAGUCCAACGCUGCCAGUUUACAGAACUCGGCCCGCCCAGUCAAGAGAAGAGCAUCAAAGGCUUGCUGCUGCUGUCGGGCUCGCAAAGUUCGUUGUGAUGUUGUUGAGAAUGGCUCUCCGUGUACCAAUUGCCGUCUAGAUGAUGUCGAGUGUGUCGUUGCAGAGAGUAAACGCAAAAAGUCAGUAGCCACUGGACUUCACCACCAGUAG